AUGGGUCAAUGGUUCCGAUUAGGUGCUUUUAAAACAGUUUUCAACGAGGAACAGGAAAAUCAACUUGUAACUUAUAUUAAAACAAUAGAAGCUCAAAAUGAUUUAGCUGGUUUAGAUUGGAUGUACAACUUUAUGAAAAGACAUCCCGAUUUGUCAAUCCGGAAACCUGAAGCUACAUCAGCUGCUCAAGCUUCAGGUUUCAAUCCUACAGUAGUGGGUAAGUUUUAUAUACUACUAUCUGAUACAGUAGAUACUCAUAAGCUUCAAGCUUCGCAAAUAUACAAUGUCGAUGAAACCAGUAUUACUUGUAUACCAAAACUACAAAGUAAAAUUGUUGCUUGCAGUGAACGUAGACAAGUAGGGGCUUUAACUUCUACAGAAAGAGGGCAAACUGUAACUGUAGAAAUAUGUAAGUGUGAUGGUUUGUUUAUGCCUCCUAUGUUAAUAUUUCUCCGUGUAAGAUCAAAACCAGAAUUAAUUGAUGGAGCUCCACUUGGUUAUUGGGCAGAAGUCCACCCAAGCGGUUGGAUUCAGACACGUGAUGCUGGUGUUAUUUUGCUUUACUUCCCUCCUCACUGCACACAUAAACUUCAGCCUUUAGACGAAGCUUUCAUGAAACCUCUUAGCAUUUACCAAUCACUUCUAGGUAAAGCAUAUUUAAAAGCUUCUACAAUGACUACUGCUAUAAAUGGCUUUAGAGCUACGGGCUGUAUUAUCAAAACCACGGCCAGCAAAGAUUAUGAUCGUAUUAUUUCGACAAUUAAUUCUUAUAAAGAGUUUGAGCGAACCAAGGACUUCAUAGAGUAUCUAAAAUUAACUGGUAAUAAAUACUUAGGAAAAAAAAUUUAA